AUGAAUGGUAGAUGUUACAAGCAUAUUUAUACCAAAUUGUCAACCAAAGCUACCAGCAUUAAAGAUGCGGGAGGCCGUAAACAAUUGAAAAGCGUCGGGCAAACUCGGGUCUCAACAUUUCGUCGUUGGGCUGGGUUGGGUCGAACUCAAAAAUUUUUAAGAUUGACGGCCGGACUUGGGUCUCAAGUUUUCUUGGCCGUGCUAGAAAGUGUUGGCCCGUGCCGAUCUCUGUCACAUCCCUCAUCACUUGCGUUACAUCUUACAUGGUUAGCUCAAAAAAUAUUUAAUAUUAAAGAUUACGGGGCGGAAGGUGACGGUAAAACAGACAAUACUGAGGCAAUUACGACAGCAAUUUUAGCUGCUUCCCAACAAUCGAGUGGUGGUUAUGUUUACGUGCCAGCCGGAGAUUUUCUGAGUGGUGCACUCAAUUUGACAUCGAAUGUUUAUCUAUAUCUCGACCACAAUUCUAUUUUACGUGUCUCUGAUGAUCCGGCUCUCUACUUUUGUGUACCCAGUACAACAACGGAUACCGGUCCGUGUGACUUUCCGUUUCUUUUUCUCUCGAAAUUACAACAUUCUGGUAUAUUAGGAUAUGGCAUGAUUGAUGCUGGUGCAAAUAGCCCGCCUGGACAUUUGGUUAGGGAAUAUGAUAGCAGUACCAACAUGUUGUUACCAUUAGAAUGGAAACUUCCGCGAUGCACCUACUUCAGUUGUCGUCCAAAGCUGAUGGUCAUUAAGGAUAGUUCAUUUGUCUCUCUCGCCAAUUUGACGAUAACCAAUUCACCGCUGUGGACAAUCACGGCCGUUGAAAGUGAAUACAUCAUCAUUGAUUCGGUUACCAUUCUCGGCGAUAGACGUUGGCCAAAUAACGAUGGUAUUGACUUGAUCAAUUCCAGACAUGUCCUUAUCAGGAACACCACUAUUUCAACGGGUGACGAUUGUAUCGCUAUUGUUUCUCAUGAUUCAAGCGCGAUCUUUAAUAUUACAGUAGAAAAUUGUAAACUAACGAGUACAUCAGCUGCUAUUAAAAUUAGUGCCUUUGAACAAAACGCAACGGGAAAUAUAUACGAUUUAAAUUUUCGAAACAUUCAAAUAACAGAUACAAAUCGUGGUGUUUGCAUAGCACCGCGAUGGGGAAGUGGUACACUUUCAAACAUGACAUUCACUAAUUUAACAAUGGAAACACACUAUUAUUCUACAGCGUGGUGGGGCACAGCAGAACCAAUUUAUGUCACAGCAUUAUCCAUGUCAGAGACGCGUUCAUGGAAAGGUCAAGUAAAAAACAUUCAUUUUGAAAAUAUUAGUGCUCGAAGUGAACAAGGCGCAAUACUAGUGGGAAAUACGAGUAUCCUUCAGAAUAUCACAUUGCGAAAUAUACAACUGACUAUAGAUCAGUUCAGCAAUUUAAGCCAUCCUGCUCACGACUAUAAACCAUCAAUCGAACCACAAUUUACUUAUGCACCUAUUGAUGUCGCAUUAAAGACAUUGAAAUUUUUUCUUGAACCAAUAGAAGAUUCAAAGUCAACACCUGAGAUCGGAUUGAAGCCAGUACGAGAAAAUGUGUUUCGACUAAAACAAACGACAACUGAAAUGUAUCGAGAAUGA